UUUCCAGUCUUUGCUCUUUCUUCUCCUCCUCUUCCCCUUGACAGUCUGUACGUAUAUAUAUAUAUAUACACACACACACACAUACACACAGGCAUUUCAAAACCCUAACCUUCAUCUGUCGCUUUCUCUUUCUCUGGACUGUUCUCCAACUUCCCUUCCGAAUCUUGGUUUCUUGGGUUUGGUCUUGCAAUCUUGUGUGCUGUGACAGGAAGACUCAAAUAGGUCCAAAAAAAUGUAUGAGGAGAUAGGUUUCUUUGAUCCCAACACCAUGGCUCAAGUUACAGAUGAUGGGUUUUCUCACCUCCCACCACCACCACAACCAGUGACUGAUACCGAUGCUGCUGCCAUUGAAAUCCACCUUCAACAGCAACUGGCCUUCUCCAAUGAGAUUCAUAAUACCCAGAAUCAGAACCAGAUUUAUGAUCAGUCUAACCCCAACUGGGUUCAUGAAAUUGAGAUGCAAGACAUGGGUUUCAUCAAUCCUGACCACCCAAUGCUCCAAAUUGAACACAACAACAAUUACAAUCAGUCUUCAAUCCCAGAAACUCAAACCCCAGAAAUCCUCAACCUGUUCCAUCACUUGUCUAAUGCAUCGUCAUAUGACCCACUAUACCAUCUGCAGCCUCCGUUGUUCACAGAGUUGUUUCAGUCUCUACCCCAUGGCGGCUACAGUUUGCCUGGCUCAUUGUUUGGGGGAACAGGGGUUGAUCAGGAUCAGAGAGUUCAGCACGAUACAGGGGACGGCUCGGUUCUUGAGUUCAAUGCAGGGGAAAUGCCUUGUGUAGGUAAGCGAAGGGGAGCAACUGGAAAGAAAAACGUCGUCACUGAACGCGAUAGGAGAGAAAUCCUGAACCACAAGUACACUGCCUUGAGGAGCUUGGUUCCCAACCCAACUAAGGUUGAUCGAGCAUCGGUCGUGGGAGAUGCAAUUGAGUAUAUCAAAGUGCUUGUAAGAACUGUCAAUGAGCUCAAGUUACUAGUAGAGAAGAAGAGAUGUAGCAGAGAGAGGACCAAGAGGCACAAGACCGAAGACGAUCCCGCUGGUUAUGUAGAGAGCUGUAACAUGAAGCCUCUUGCUGGUGAUGGGUUCUUAAGAAGCUCCAGGCUUCAGAGAAAAUUCAGAGAGACGGAGGUCGAUGUUUGUAUCAUUGAUGAUGAGGUCACAAUCAAGCUUGUUCAGGGAAAGAUCAAUUGCUUGUUGUUGGUGUCCAAGGUCCUUGAUGAGCUUCAGCUGGACAUUCACCAUGUUGCAGGAGGCCAUAUUGGUGAUUAUUACAGUUUUCUCUUCAACACCAAGAUAUGUGAGGGUUCUUAUGUGUAUGCCAAUGCUAUAGCUAACAAACUCAUUGAGGUAGUGGACAGACAGUAUGCAGCCAUUCCACCAACCAAAUAGUUUAUUAGGUUGUAUUAGUCUUUCUGGUUCUGAGUCUUCUACCUGUUUCAGUUAAGAAUAUAGAGUAUGUUUAGACAUUUAUUGCUGUUCAUUCUGCUUCUUAAUUUAGACAUGCUUCAAAAGAUUUGCUAUCUCAGUUUGGUAGCAUUUCCUUAUCUGCUAUGGCAUUUGAGUUGAAUGUGAA